AUGCCAUCAAAACAUCAACACAAAAAAUUGCCUAAUGAAUUACUUGUUGAUAUAUUUAAAGCUUCAGAACGUGUAAUACUUGAAGAAAUCUUAUCAAAAUUUGACAGAAGUAAUGGACCUUCAAUGGUAGAACACAAAAAAUUUGAGAAAAUGUGGAGUAAUCAAGUGCUGGUUUACUUGACUUGUUCCUCUAUAAUUCCUACAUUUGUUGGAAAAAGUUUUUUAAAAAGAUGGUUAUCAAUUCUUAAAGAAAGAGAAAGUGUUCGGCUAUAUGAGACUUUUAUGGAGAAAGCUGGCUUACUUGAGACUAAACUUUUACAGUUGAGAGACGAAAUUGAUAGACGCGAAAGACUCAGAAUAUUGCAAGCUAAAAUUUUGUUGCGACGAAAGGCAAAAUUUUUUCAAUUUUGUUUGAAUGGGGUGGAAGCUCUAAUAGUUUUAUAUUUAUUUUUUAAAUAA